GGCUCCCAAGAUGGCGGCGGGUGCGUGAGCGGGGCGGUCGGGGAGGCCCGGCGGGAGCGCGGCCGCCGCCGCCAUGAAGGGCAAGGAGCGCUCGCCCGCCAAGGCCAAGCGCUCCCGGGGCGGCGAGGACUCGGCGUCCUCCUCCUCCUCUUCGCGCGGCAGCAAGAAGCCGAGCGGCUCGUCCGGCGGAGGCGGCGGCUCCAACGGCGGGAAAGCGGUGUCGGCGUCCGGCGAGAGCAACAGCGGGAGCGGCCGGCGCGGCACCCACACGGACAAGGGCGGCCGCGCCGGCAGCCGCGAGUACGACACGGGCUCGGCGGCGGCUGCGGGCGGCGGGAGCCGGCACGGCUACAGCGGUAAAACAGCGGAGGCGUCGCGAAGCAGCAGCAGCCGCGGCGGUGAAUCGCGGGCGGCCGCCGCCGCCGCCUCCUCCUCUUCCUCCUCCUCGGAGCCGGGCGGCGGCGAGUACAAGACGCUGAAGAUCAGCGAGCUGGGCUCGGCGCUGAGCGACGAGGCGGUGGAGGACGGGCUGUUCCACGAGUUCAAGCGGUUCGGCGACGUGAGCGUCAAGAUCAGCCGCCUCCCGCCCGGCGCCGGCGCCGCCGACGAGCGCGUGGCCUUCGUCAACUUCCGCCGGCCCGAGGACGCGCGCGCCGCCAAGCACGCCCGCGGCCGCCUCGUGCUCUACGACCGCCCCCUCAAGAUCGAGGCCGUCUAUGUCGGCGGAGGCAGCGGCCGCCGGCGCGGCAGCCGCUCCCCGGCGCUGCUGGACAAGGAGUCUCCCUACGGCACGGCGGCGGUCGGGGCGGUAGCGGCGGCCGUGCGGCACCCGCCGGCCGGGGCCGCGCAGCGGGCGCUGUCCCCCGCGGGCAGCGGCGGGGCCUUGGGAUACCGGGAYUACCGGCUGCAGCAGCUCGCCCUGGGCCGGCUCCCGCCGCCGCCGCCGCUGCCGAGGGAGCUGGAGAGGGAGCGGGACUACGGCUUCUACGAGGCGCGGGUGCGGCCGGCCUAUGGGCUGGAGCGCGUGGCCGGAGUGGCGGCGGCCGGGGGAUUCCGGGGAGGAGGAGGAGGAGGUGCCGGAGUGGCCAGCGAGGAGGAGAUCAGCCCUGAGGAUGACCAGAGAGCCAACCGCACGCUGUUCCUGGGCAACCUGGACAUCACCGUGAGCGAGUCGGACUUGCGGCGAGCGUUUGACCGUUUCGGGGUCAUCACCGAGGUGGACAUCAAGAGGCCGGGGCGUGGGCAGACCAGCACCUAUGGGUUUCUUAAGUUUGAGAAUCUGGACAUGGCGCACCGGGCCAAGUUGGCCAUGUCAGGGAAGGUGCUGCUGCGCAACCCCAUCAAGAUCGGGUACGGGAAGGCCACCCCGACCACCCGGCUCUGGGUGGGUGGCCUGGGGCCCUGGGUGCCCCUGGCUGCCCUGGCCAGGGAGUUUGAUCGGUUUGGCACCAUCCGCACGAUYGAUUACCGCAAAGGGGAUUCCUGGGCCUAUAUCCAGUACGAGAGCCUGGACGCGGCGCAGGCAGCCUGCACCCACAUGCGGGGGUUUCCCCUGGGGGGGCCGGAUCGCCGGCUCCGCGUAGACUUUGCYGACACGGAGCAUCGGUACCAGCAGCCCUACCUGCAGCCUUUGCCCUUGCCGCCCCCGGCUCAUUACGAGCUCGUGGCGGAGGCGGCUGCUUUUGGGGCUCACCGGGGAGCACCCCCCGACCCUCUCCGGGGGGCCCGGGACAGGACACCACCGUUGCUCUAUAGAGACCGUGACAGAGACCUUUAUCCCGAGACAGAGUGGGUGCCCCCRCCGCCCCCUGUGCGGGACAGGAGUAAUCGGGCAGCUGCCUAUGACCCACUGGAAAGCCUGGAGCGCCGCCGGGACGGGUGGUCCUUGGAGCGGGACCGCGGGGAGAGGGARCUGGGCAGUAGCAGUAGGGAUCAGCCUAGGAAACGGAGGCUGGCGGAGGAUGGAGGCCGGCACUUGGACCGCUCUCCCGACAGYGAGCGCUCCUCUUCCUCCCGAAAGCGCCACUGCUUGGCCACAACCUCUCCCCCGGACCGUAGCCCCGAGCUCCUCGGAGGCCGGGAGCGUUACAGUAGUGACCCCGAGCGCUCRUCCCGCUUGCUCCUCUUGGAGCGACCUUCCCCUGUCCGGGAGUCCCGCCGGGGCAGCCUGGAGCGGGGGCAGAAUGAAAAGCGCGACCGCAAGAAUUCCGCAGAGCGGGAGCGGAAGCAUCGCGCCACCGCCGCCGCCCAGGAGAGCAAAAGUCCGGCCAAAAAGGACGAGCGGGYGGCGGAGGGAGGCGGCGGAGGCUCCCGGCUCAAACCUCCUCCACAGAAACAGCAGCAGGACGGAGCGGCGCAGGCCGGGACGGCGCCCAAGCUCUGCUUGGCUUGGCAGGGGAUGCUCCUGCUGAAGAACAGCAACUUCCCGUCCAACAUGCACCUGCUCCAGGGGGACCUCGGAGUCGCCAGCAGCCUCCUCGUGGAGGGAGCGACAGGGGGCAAAGUGGCUCAGCUCAAGAUCACCCAACGUCUCCGUCUGGACCAGCCCAAGCUGGAYGAGGUCAACCGGCGCAUCAAGGUGGCGGGGCCCAAUGGCUACGCCAUCCUUCUGGCUGUGCCCGGCGCCUCAGACAACCGCUCCGCAGCCGGAGCUGCCGGGGCCGCCACCACCUCCACGCAGAGGCCGCUCAGGAAUCUGGUGUCCUACCUAAAGCAAAAGCAGGCUGCUGGAGUGAUCAGCCUCCCUGUGGGGGGGAACAAAGACAAGGAGAACAGCGGGGUCCUGCACGCCUUCCCGCCCUGCGAUUUCUCCCAGCAGUUCUUGGACUCCACGGCCAAAGCAUUGGCCAAAUCAGAGGACGACUAUCUGGUCAUGAUCAUUGUCCGUGGGGCAUCCUAAGGCCCUCGUGUUCUGUUCCCAACCCUGCCUACUCCUCCACGCAGCCCCUCCAGCGUGUGCCAGGUGCUAUGGGAUACAGCCUUAGCCAGCCCUGUCGUUAUUUUAAUUAGAUCUUUGUUUGUAGGUGACUUUCCCGGCCCGAUUUUCUGUUACUACAUUUUUCUAUAAAGGUAGAAGCCAGAGAGGUUGGUUAGGAGUAGCGUGAAUAGGAUAUUUUGAGAAUUCCCUAUCAGUGGGGACAGCAGGGAGGCUCAGCCUGCUUUGAUUUACAGAAAAUAGAAAAGAAAAAUAAGAAAAACUGGGGUGGGGAGGGAGGGGGGAAAAGAAAAGCUCCCGUCUUCUUGAUUUUGAUUCAUGUCCUUUUUUCAUUUCAUGUAUUUUAAAGCAAGUCCCACGAGCUCAUCCUCGAGAGAGCUCUAAACYGAACAGACCAGAUUUAAAGCACUCAGUGGAAAUGGAAAACCACACUUUAAUAACAGACUGGUGUCAGCUCCUCUUUUGAGUCCUUGAAAUUCCGUGUCGGCCUCAGGCCAGCGGCCCUUUGGCCCGUGGGAUCCCUUCCCUCGGGAGCCUCAGUGGUUUCCCCRUUGAGUCGCGUGGCUCAAGGUCGACGUUUUUCAGGUGAGCAGCAGCUGCUCUCGGGUACACAGCAGAACACUGAAUUCCUUUUUGGAAAGGGAUUCCUUUUUUCAUCCAGGUGCAUGCACUGAAACUGGGCUUUUUAACAGGUGUAUUUCCCCCAUUUCCCRGUGUAUCCCAUAUGUGCACUUUGGGUUUGUAGCAGUGACAAGGUUUGGUGAAGAGCUGAGGACUUUGUUACAAACCAGGAAUGUCUUGUGCUCACUCUGGUGUGCAGGAAACCAGGAGGUGCUUUAAGGAGAACUUGAGUUUUAUUGUGGGGUUUUGGUUUUACUGCCUUUUUUUUUUUGUUGUUUUCCAAGAGUUGCAGGUUCAGUGGGGUCUGGUUCCACAGUGCAAACUCUGAGCAAGUAAGUGCUUCUCUCCAGAGAUGCUUUUAAUUCUGUGAUAAUUUAAUUACACAAAAGUUCUCAUUAACAUUUUACCUCUUUGUUAAUAGCAAGGAACUGCUGUCUGCUAGGGACUUUUCAGGUACAGUGCAGCGGGCAUUACAUGAGGUUUAUCAUGGGCACCUGGAGUAAAGUGGUUUUAGCAUCUCUGAGAAAUUCCGAGAUGCCGAGGUUUGAGCUCUUGUGAUUCAAGGAUGAAAAAUUUUUCUUUUUUUUUUUUUUUUCUUCAAAGAGCAUAGUUAAUUUUUUCAUAUUUUUUUCCCAAUCAUUGGGCACUUUUCUCCAGCUGUCUUGGCCACUUUGGUAAUCCAGGCAUUUAGGAGGGAAGAAGGGAUCUCAAUCCCUGAUGGGGUCUGAUUCCCUGAUACUCUGUUUAACAAACAAAAGGAUGUUGCAGCAGCUUCUAAACUGAAGUGUAAAUCUGACUGUAUUGGCCCCAAAAUUGUAAUCUUGCACUUAAACCCAGAAUGUAAUCUUGCACUUAGCCAUGUUUUCAGGGAUUUGGGCAAUGGAAAAGUGACGCUGCCUCACUCGGUCCAUGCUCCGAUAGAUUCCUUGGGUGAUUGAUGCAGGGAUGAAUUGAUUUCUGUUACUGCUUGCAUGGCAAAAAUCAAAGUGUGGAAUAGGAUGCGAAUGGGAGAUGGAGGAGGAAAUGUCUUGAAUGUAUUUUAUGGGUGUAACUGAACUUGCAUGAGUUUCUGUCACGAAAAUAGGAAUUUUUGUUACUGAACCACUUGUCAGAGAGGGCUGUGGUUUAAGAGGGCUUUGAUUCCUUUAUCUGUCCAGAAUGAGUGGACACAGUAUCCCAAACAUCACGGUGAAUUGAGAAUUCCAGUGUGGCAGCAUAUCUUGAACAUAGAUUUGGUUUUUAUAGCUACUUUUUUUUCUAAAUGAAAAGGUGAAAGCCUCAUUUAAUGCUCUUAAAUUUGAGGGUGAAAUCCAGGAUUUCUGGGUUGUCCUUCAACGUGAAUGUAAGAGAUGGCAGAAUUCAGCUGUUCAGCUUACUAUUAACAACGAGAAUUUUUGGGAAUGACACCAGAAAUGCAAAUCAUUGUGUUGAAGAAGAUACAGCRUAUUUACCACUUACUGCAAAGAAUGUUUUAAUUGGAGCAGGUGCCUGUUGUGUGUCAGCAGGUGAUCAAUGCUGCAAGUGCUGCUUGUACUCAGAGGGAGCUUUCKCAUUGCAUCUGACAGGAAUAACUUGCAAGAGUUUUCUAGGAAUGAGACUUGAAUGGCUGGGAAUUCAAAUCUGCCCAACACCAGGAUAAAAAAAAAAGCACUAACGUUUGUGUUGGGCGCUCAAAGUCGCUGAGAGCAGCAUUUGUUCCGCUGAUCCACAGCAGGCACCUGCUUAAAAACCUGUAAAACUUGGGGUCAACGUAGCUUGUCAAAGCCAGCUUAUUUUGGGAAGGCCUUUUGGGAAGGGCAUUUUAGGUGCUCUUCCAUUUCCCUUGGGAAAUUGCGGUGAUUCCACCUGCUGCUGRCUGUUAAAUUGUGCUGCGCUGGAGGGCGAGAAGGAGCGGGCGAGGCUGUGCUUGACUCCAGGUUUUCUGGUUCCUUAUUUAAUGAAGCACCUGCUUCUUUAAACCUGGUUUAUUUGUGGUUGCUGCUCUGUUUUGUAAGCAAGGAUUUUAAUACCCUUUGAGGGUUCUUGUGGCGAACCCUUGACUGGCAGCUUUUUUUUUUUGCCAGCACUGAAUUCCCGUGCUGCGAUCCCGGCCGGUGCAGCUGGGCAGACCGUGCUUUCCUCCUUGGUCCGAGGUGUUCCCCAUUGGAGUAACUGUCCACUGAAGUCGGCUUUGGCCAGGGCUGAAGGUUUAGAAGCCUGUGGGUGAUACCACUGUGUGUAGAGCAAACCAGAUGUAGCAGUUGUUGGCUCUCUCCUCAUGUCUGGCAUUACGUUGCUCCGGCGAGAGCUCAGUAUUCCCUCCCGACCUUGUGUGCAGCUGAUGUUCUUCUAUUUCAUUCGUGUGUUGAAUUAGCCUGGAAAAAGGAUGUCCUUUUCCUGAAUCAUUUCAUCCUUGUGCUUUACGCUUUGGGGAAAGAACCUUAAAUGACUCGUGGUUUUGUUGGAGAUUUUAGUUGGUUGUUUUAUUUCUUYCAAUUGGAAAUUUUGCGCAACUCCCUUGGCCGCCGGCCAGCGGCUUUGUUUGCUCCUGGCGAGCUACUGCCGCGGGAACACCGAGGUUAUCCUCAAUCCAGAGGUUUUUGGGGUGCAAAUAUCGACACAUCCUUGUCAGCCGCRCAGAGAGAAAAGGGUGUUCUUGCCAGGCACGCAAACCUUACCCUCUCUCGCUUUUGUUUCCUACAAGGAUGUUAGAGAUGGAAUAUUUUGGUGACAACUUUCUCGGCCCCUGUGGAGAGCAGAGAAUGAGUUUUAAUUUCUUGCAUGGGUUUGGGAAAAACCCUCUGGUUGAUGGUAACUGAGGUGAAAGGCCUGAGAUAUUAAUGGGGAGGAGGAGUGAAUCAAAAUUGUGAAGACAGGUUCUAAAACUCUGAGGACUCAGGGAAAAACGGCUUGGAAAAUGAUAAUUCCCGGCUCUAAACAAAACAGUGUUGAGGGCAGCGCUCCUGGGGAGUGCUGUGCACCCAGAGGGGAAGAAAUGGUUGCCAUGUGGCUCUAGAGCUUUUGGGGUUCUUUCCCCUUUGUCGCCCCRUUUAUUUGUUUCUAGGACAGAUAUUCCAAUGAUUGAUAGACUGAACAAUGAGGUGAUUUUUGUAUCAGGCUUAAAGCAGACCGGGUGGUGCAGAGAACGGUUCGUUGAAUAUUCAUCUUCCUGCAGUUCUGAUUGUGUGAAAACGAUGGCUGAGAAAUAUGACUUGAAUAGUAACGAUUUUAAAUUCUAUUGGGCGUGUCUUUGAUUUGACCUUUUCUUUAAUAUUGGCAUUGCCUGCCAUUAGAACUGCGCAGCGAAACGAGAGCAGAAGAGCUGUGUAACACUACAUUUCAUGGUUUUGUUGAUAAGUUGCCUUCAGGAAAUACCCUGUGAGGAAAGCCAACCGAAUUAGCRAGAAUUGGGUUGGUUUUUCUCCUGGUUGAUGAUUUCAAUGUGCCCUGUCAAAUGUUACUGCAAAUUGAGUAAUCAUCAGUACUGUAAGCCUAGUUUAAUCCUGGUCCAAAAAAGAAGCCCUGCACUACUUGUUUUGCAUCUAUCCCUUGAAGGCGACUCCAUUCCGAGGUUUCRUGCCCGUGGGUGGUAUUGGUGCUUUUUUGAAGUCCAAGUAGAGUAUUCAGAAAGGCCUGGUAGCUCUUUAUGUUCAUCUGUAUAAUGUAGGGAGGGGAAAAACCCAAAUCUGGUGUACACAUUUGUAUUGAAAUAACRUUUUCUUUCCUCCUGCAAGCAAAGCUGGUGGACUGCAGAAGACAACCGCAUGGGAUACCAAGCUCUAAUGGACCUUUGGAAAGAGAAGCUGUGGCUUAUGUGGAAUUUACAUGGGCCUCCUGAUGGAAGAAAGCUUAUCUGUUUAGUAUUUGUGCAUUUUACUAAAAUGGCAGCUUUAAAAAAAAAAAAAAAAAAGUUGUGUAUCUGCUAUUGUGAUGCCAAUGCCCGUGUUUUAAGUGGAAAAAAAAAUGACCUCUUUGCUUUGUGCUGUGUACACAAGAUUGCUGGAAAAGUAAAGGAAUACCCUUUUUAUGGCUCACACAGCUUAAAAGUAGCUGUCACUCAAACAUGCGCUCACAGUUGAGCUGAUUUUGUUUCAUUCUAAAUAAAUUGUUUCUUUUGAGGAAAAUGGUUUUUCUGCCUGGAAGUGAAUUGACGACAAACRUUUGGCCCCCCUGUGUUGGCAGCGGAGGGGUUCCUGCUGCUGCUGCCCAAUUGAGCUGAUAGUUGUGGGUCUUGAGCAAGAAGCAGGGAGAGCACCGACACUUUUCGCGUUGACCGACCUGUGGUACCAGUCAGAAGAAUUUGUAGCUGAUUGCCUUGCUGUGGCCCCCGUGUUUGCAGUGAAAAAGGGGUCGCUUGCUGCGUUUCUCCUCAGCAGGACGGGGCAGCGGUGCUGCUGCUGGCACGCAAGAAGCAGGGAAGCACYGCCCUGCGCCUCGGAACGGUGGCCAAGUUUGGGGCUUCGCUGGUUGGAAGAGCCGGAGUUCCUGAAUUUUAAGUUUCUGAUUUAUUUUGUUCACCCAACAUGUUUGCCUUUAGUUUUGAUUCUUGUUUUUUUUUUAAUUUUGAAGAAAAAGAGUUUCGAAAUUGCUUUGAAUCUUGCACGUAAAACCUUUGCACCAAAAAUUGCCAAAAGAAAAAGAAAUGAGUCCUUAAAAGUGUUUAAAUGCUGUUAAUAAAGCCUUUCCYGCCGUACGCGAGGCGCUCCUCCAUCUCCAGGGGCUUUUCAGCAGUUGUGGGUUUAGUGCUGAAUGGAUGAAGAGUUCCUGAGAGCUGGAGGCGGUAAUUUAAACCUUUGCUUGGUGUCUCAGUGCCUUAUUUUGACCGGUUUCGAAGCCUCACGCCUCGGAUGUGCAUGUGCCCUGCUCGCGUCCCGGCCCCGCCGCGCGCUCCGUGCAGCCGCUCCCGGUGUAGCGCAGCUGGGGACAGGAGAAGCCCGAAAACCUCGUGCACUGUAGUUCUCCUGUCCCGGGGGCUCCCGAGCUUUGGAAAGCYGUUCCCGUGCAGGAGCACAACGCCGCGUUUGCCGCCGGAGACUUUGGGGAGCGUCUGGAGGACGGCGGCCGUCGAGAGGAAGCUGCCACCGCUGCAUCGUCGGCUUCGGGAGCUCCGGUGCUGUYGAGUUGGUGUGAUGUGCCAUGAAGAUGCCGUGAACGGCAGCUUGCCCUGUUUGCUUUGACAUGCUUUACCUCCGUGGAGAACCCCUGUGCCCGGGCARGAUCUUUGCUAGGCUGCAGAUGCCUCUCAGCCGACGGACGCUGUGGUUGCGCUCUGCGAGGCGUCUGUUUCCCGGGGCAAAGCGCUGUGUAAAUCCCUAAAACAGCACGAGCCGUGAGCAGAGAAGUGUUUGACCACCAGCCRUGCGGAGACAAAGAUUUGAAGACUCUUCUCCCCCUCCCAGCCCGCUGGCAGGAUGGUGCAGGGCCCCUGGGAGGAGUUUCUCGUUGUGAGCGUUGCUUUCCUCAGCAGUUUUUUGGAUAGACAAGAGGUCCUCUGCACUGUGGCAAAUGACAGCGCCUGGGAGAUGGAGCAGCGUCCUUCCCGCAGAGAGAGGGCUCAUGGAGCAGCUGUUGUGCCUUUCCUCAUGGAAGUACAAUCCUUAUCUCCCUGUCCCUGCCCUCACAGCCCUCCCCAGGGCUGCUCCUUUGUGUCUGAGCAGAAUUAGCUGCAGUUUCAGGCUGUGCUCUGGCACUGGAGCUGCUUGGCUGCUCAUCCCUCGAGGUGAGUCAGCUCCGCUCGGGGAGGGAGGGACRGAGCUGUUGGGCUGAGCACGGCAAGGUCGAGUCUGAGAGACAGAAAAGCCCAGCUCAGGAGCAAAGGAGCAGUGAAACCCAGCUCCACGGGCUGCAUUUCCCCAUCCAGUAACACCCUGUGCUGUGCAUUUCUCAGCUGGCUUUAAUCAGGAGAAAUACCCCAAUACACAAAUUGAAUGGCAGCCAAAAAUUCCAAUUUUCGGUGUUGCCACCUUUGAUAUUUCCCAGUGCAGGCAAUGGCUUUUGCAAAGCCCAACCUUUAAAACUUCAKCCAGACCUGGGGUUCUUGUUCAAACUGGCUUUUUUUAGCUUCCAUCUUUGGGCUGAAGGCUCGAAGAAGAAGGARAUAGGUGAGAUGAGAGCACAGGCUCCAGCGAAGAGGAAGGAGCAGACRUAGGUCUGGGUGUAGUCAUAGAGCCACCCUGCAGGAGAAAAGGUUGUUAUUAAAGCUGUGGGAUUUUUCUCAGGGAAAAACAUCAUUAGAGGAGGUGGGCGGGAGGCAAAGGAUAUGUGUUCUCAUCUAAGAAUUCCUCAGAUAUUUCCUUUAAAUUAUUUUAACUCUUCCUGGGCAGCAUUUCCAGUAAGGAAAUCACAUGUAGGUCRUUCUUCCCAGAGCCAAUUCCAAUCCUUGUAGUGGACAAGGGGUUUAAUUUGCUUGAAUUCAAUCCCUGAAUUAUUUUUAUUUUCCUGUUUAAAUAAGUGGGCCAAAAGCAGCUGAUGGAAGUUCCCAUUGGAUUGAUGGGAUGMGUUGCACGUGUUGGUAUUUGCAACAUCUGGGCUGCAAUCCCCCUGYGCUCCAGCCUUGUCUUCUUGUGAGCAGACCCAGUUUUGUGCCUCUUGUCUGACAGGACAGACCCCAGGCCAGGAGCUGGAAGUGAAGACGAUAAAAGGAGCUCUUUUAAAGUGAGGACUUUAAAGGAAAAGCUGAAAUUCCACGGAGCCUCAGGAAUCCGUGGAGGACAUGGGUUGCCUUUUAAAGUGUCCUCCACGUGUUGGGUUUGGUUCUGGCAAAUCACCUCUUUGAAAGGUGGAGAAUUCCUCUCUUGGAAUUUAAAAUCUCCAAAGUGAUGGGAGAUGCUGCUGCACAUCAGARAACCCAAAUCCUCUCCCAAAUGUGGUGUGGGGUGGGUGUGGGGCAGCAGCUGAGCCAGAUCUGCUGGCGUGGAACACGAUUCCCCUGGGGACAUCUGUGGAAUCCACACAUCCCUGGGCUUCCACGAUUUACAAAACAGCAGAGCUGGCCCAAAUCUGAGAUUCUUAAACCCACUAAGGGACAUGAUGCAGUCCCUGACACCCUGGGGUAAAAUGCCGGUAGAAUUUGGGGAUCCAUGCUGGGGCAGAGGCACCGACAUUUCUCUGCUGCAGAUUUCCACAGCUGCAGGAAGGGUUCACAAAGCACAGGAAAAGCUCAGUUUCGGUUUCUCUUGGCUCAUUCCUGUCUCGGGGGCAGUCCCUGUGUUUUUUCCUCAGGGAUGGAGCUGGAGRCUGCAGUGGGGCAGGAGGAUCCMGUGGAGCUGCCCUGGGUGACUCUCCCAUGACCCCGAGGUUCUUCUCAAAGGUCGGAUCUGCUUUUGCUGCCGGGAAAUCUCUGGGAUUUGGAGAGGAGAAGAGAUGCUGACGUAGUUAUUUGUGAGCUGAACAGGACAGAGUGCUCCAGUUGAGCUCUGAUUUAUUGCAAUUUUUCUUAAAAUAGUCUUCAGGAUGUUUUUAAAWUUUUUUAUUUUCCUGGGKUUUUUUUUGGUGCUGAAUAAGAUUUAGGURCAGUGGGAUUUACCAGCAUUGCCUCACUGAUAACACAGCCAUCACCUUCCAUCACACCCCAACCUUUUGAAGCAACUCCAGURUCUGUACCCCCAAUUUUUUUCCAAAAAAUAAUCACUCCUGCUGCAGAAAACCAAAUUAGGAGCUUGUGCUGCUCAAACUCCAGCAAAGCAGCAGUUUUGUAAGGAAUGCUGGUAAACCCCAGGCACCAAUGUGAUUCAAAGCAAACAUUCACGGCACUGCUGGUGCUGCCAGCUGGGUCAGGCUGUUUCAGUGGUGCUGCUGAUCUUUAAUCAGAAGUUUUAUUUAUUCCUGAUGCCCCAAUGAGCAAAAGUUAGGGGRAAGGGGAAGGUAAAAUUUAGAAAAGAUCUGAAUGGGCGAAUCCAUCCUCUCCACUUCUACCAUCCAAAUUUUCUGGGAGUGGAGUUUGUGCUCUGGGGGCUGGAAUCUCUUUCAGAAUUUGCAUUACGUGCUUUGGUUCAGCUCUCUUGUGCUCAAAGUCAGUGGUUCACACUUGUUUCUGGAGUUUCUCCCCUCAGCUUGCUCCUGGCUGCCAAAAUAACAUUUGUUCUGGUUUKGGUUGGGAUUUUUCAGCGUGGCAGCAUCCAGARGUGCUGGAGGAUGGGGAGYUCUGAAGGAGAAUCCAAACUUUCCRUUUGG